AUGAUGGCAUACUUCCGGUUGUUAGCUAUUAUUUUGUCACAUAGCAUUGUGAAUAUUACAUUUGCUGGUUGUGGUCAUCAUGGACGGUCACACCAGCCAUAUCCUCGACCACUAUACCAGCCAUAUCCUCGACCACAGCCACCGCAGCGACCGUGUCCACCACCACCACCUUCACCUCCUUGUCCACCACAACCUUGUCCUUCUCUGCCACCACCGACUCCUUGCCCACCACAGCCAUGUCCACCACCACCACCUCCGGUUCCAUGUCCAAAGCCGCCUCCAUGUCCACCCCCACCACCGCCAAUACCUUGCCCACCUCCAUUACCGCCAAAACCUUGUCCACCACCACCAGCUCCACCGCCUUGUCCGCCACAAUCUUGUCCUCCCCCGCCACUUCCACCUCCAUGCCCAAAACCCCCACCACCAAUACCUUGCCCACCUCCACCACCACCAAAACCUUGUCCACCUCCACCAUCUCCACCGCCAUGUCCACCACCACCACCACCUCAGCCAUGUCCACCUCCACCACUCCCACCUCCUUGUCCACCAACAUAUUGUACACCACCCCCACCUUCACAACCUCCGGUAACUUAUUCACCGCCACCAAAACCUUAUCCGUAUGUGCCAGAAUGCCCAUCUCUCCCUCCCCCAUCACCAUCUGAUUGCAAAACUGAUUCGGAAGUGUGCACAAAAUGCAAUCAACAAUCAAAACCUUCAAAAUCACCAAAUAGAAGCAUGGCUGGAACAUAUUUUAGAACUAAUAAAAGGCUUUCCCGAAAAUCAGAACGAUUAAAUAGAAGGAAUAAACGCGAAGAAACGAAAAUUGUUAUGAGUGACACUUGCAACAGUCAUGAUCUGAUGGAAAUUAUGGAUCAGAAUUUAUCAACUAACUUGGCAAUCUCGAAACACUUAAUUCAGAAAUAUGCCGAACUGAAAUUAAAACGUGACUUCAACGUGAUUUGCUCCAAUAACUCAUUUACGUUUAUUACACAUGCUACCCUAUACUGCCAAACAGUUAAAUUUAAUGUUUCAUGCUAUGCUUUUACUGCUGAUUAA